AUGAUAUUCUUCAAAACCAAUUAUUCGCCAUUCGGCGCCAAAAUGAAUCAAGCGAUUCUCUCGAUGGCUUGCGGCUUAUUCGGCUUCUCAAUGGGAAUUUUCGCCAUCCCUUUUGUCUACCGCUAUGUGGUCACUUGCUGUUCUCAACAUCUCAAAUUCUUCUCUGGUUUCUAUUUCUACAUUUGGAUGAUGUUGCCAAUUAUCUACGGCUUCCCCUGGGCGCUCACUUGCUAUUUCUUUAUUUCGCCAUGGGAUCAAAUGACCGAAUUCCUCAGAGGCAAUAUCAUGGAUAAUUUCGAUCUGAAAAUGGAGGAAAUCGCAUACAUCGGAGCGUAUUAUUUUCCAGUUGAUGAGCAUGGCGUCCAAUAUUUCAACAUCAAAAUUCAGAUAAUUAUGCUCGUGUUUUGGAUAAUUAUUGUAUACGAAUUCUAA